AGGAACAACGCCGUAUGGACCCGUCCCGGGGCAGCGCGGAAAGCUCAUUCAGUGGGCCUGAUGUGGUGGAUGCUGGCCCGGGAAGUACUCCGCAUGCGUGGCACUAUCUCCCGUGAGCACCCAUGGGAGGUUAUGCCUGAUCUUUACUUCUACAGAGACCCAGAGGAGAUUGAGAAGGAAGAACAGGGUGCUGCUGAGAAGGCCGUGACCAAGGAGGAGUUUCAGGGCGAAUGGACUGCACCAGCUCCUGAGUUCACUGCUGCUCAGCCAGAAGUGGCUGACUGGUCUGAGGGGGUGCAGGUGCCCUCGGUGCCCAUCCAGCAGUUCCCUACUGAAGACUGGAGUGCCCAGCCAACCACUGAGGAUUGGUCAGCAGCUCCCACAGCGCAGGCCACCGAGUGGGUUGGAGCCACCACUGAGUGGUCCUGAGCUCCUCUGCAGACACCUGAGCAAAGGGAAAAAAGGUGGAAGGAAAAUAAAGUUCCUACAAACUGUCAAAAAAAA